GACGAGAAUGGGUCCGUGGCAUUACAUAACAUUGAUAGCUUGACUACACAAUUGACUCUCGAGAUCCUUAUUCGCCGCGGUGCGAAUACAAAUGUAGCAGACUAUAGCGGCACUACACCACUCUUAUCAGCGAUCCAGCGUCAGAGCAACGAGGCAGUUGACUACCUCAUCUCAAAAGGAGCCGACGUCAAUAUGCCUACUGGACAAUAUGGAACAGCUCUGAAUAUGGCAUGCUACUCGGGUAAGCUCGAAAGCGUCACGAAUCUGGUGGAAAACAAGGCAAAUGUAAAUUUCAGCUACACUGGCCUCUAUGGAAUCCGCUCCAUUCGGCAAUGCUGCGCCCUGAUGAUGAUGAGAAAUACCGCAUAA